AUGUCGUCAGAUAUAAUAACGUUGCUAAAACUGGACAAAAGUUUGUCAAAUAAAGUGGUUGUAGUAAAAGAAAUCAACAAAUGUGACAGUUCAUUCAUCACCAGUUGUUUGCUAAACUAUUGCAUCAAGAAUAAGACUGCUGUUGUUGUAGUGUCAACACACAACUCUCUGCAACACUAUCAAAAUGUGGGCCUCAAAAUGAAUUACAACUUGCAAAGAUAUGUGGACACAGGAUUAAUAAAUUAUUUUAACAUAGGUGAAUACUGCAUUAACAGUUUACUAAAUGACAAUAAACUGCCUGAACUUUUUGUGAAAGUAAAAGAAAAAGUAUUGUUGAUGCGACAAAAGUAUGAAACAGUUAAUGUAAUAGUGGAUGGUGCUUCACAUUUCUUUGACUUAGACUAUACACUGAAAGAAGUAAAUAUGUUUUUCAAAGAGUUAAUUCCAUUUGUAACUAGUUACAAUAAUUCCUUUGUUGUUUGUCAUUGUAAUGAAGCAAAUGAGGAUGAUGUGACAUGUGUGAUGUCUAAUUUAUUGAUGCACAAAGCUUACACUGUGUUGGAGGUUGAGAGUCUUACCUCUGGCUGGAGCGCUGAUGUAUCAGGCCACUUGAGUGCCAUGUACCCAGGACUAAAGUAUGACAAUGAACAUUUGUAUGUCAUGGACAUAAAACCUUCCCGAUAUCUAUUCAAACUAUUUGACAGAGGUGUAAAACUAUUUGCUCCUGGCACUGUGUAA